GUUACGUUGAGUCUGUAUAAACAGGCUUCACUCCAUUCUCGUCCCCAAACCAAUACAAUACACAGAGAGAUGGAAGCUUACAGGUACAUCAAGAAGGUGGUAGUGAUGGUGGGGUUAUCGUUGAUGGUGAUAGGCAUGAACGUGGCGAGUGGUGAAGGUCUGUGCAGGAUGACACCGGAGGGGUUGAAGGCGUGCCAGCCAUCGGUGAGCGGCCAAAACCCUCCGCCGCCGACGAAAACUUGCUGCUCGGCUCUCUCAAACGCCGACCUCCAAUGUCUGUGCCGUUUCAAAGGCUCAGGCUUCCUCUCCUUCUACGGCAUCGAACCUGACAAAGCCAUGGCCCUCCCUCUCCGCUGCAACAUCGUUCAAUCCUCUUUCCACUGCUAGUUCACUCACUUCACUCUUCAUGUUCAGUCCUCCUACCAGCUCUGCCUACUCGUCUGGCUCUAAGCCUUGCUUGUAUAAUUACUAGUAUUGUUCUUGUUUGAUUUUAUGUUACAAGUGAUUAUCAUUUUUCAGUAUGCUUGUUUGUGUUCGUGUGCAUGUUUUAAUGUUGUCGACUGAGGUUUGGCUUCUAUUUAAGUUCUGACGCUGGCUUUGCACUUGAGUUUGAUUGUAAAUGAAGCUUCCUGCGAGUUUCCCUCGUUUGGAAUUAUCUUUAUUGUGUUUUGUUGGAAAAA